AGUUACCCCGGUAGUGCGGAGUUGAACGGCCACCAGGUCCUCGUGUAGAACACUGUUCGGUCGUGACCAAUCAUCUGGUUCCUGCUUCUGUACGCCCUUCAUGUCACCAAACCGAGGCAGUGGCGGCCCCCAGGAAGUUACAAUUCCAGCAGCAGAGCAGUAUCAGCUAAGCUAGAAAGACAUUCCUUGUGACAGCGAAUAAGAAAUUUCUCGCAGAAUUGCAAAAUGGCAGAAGAACCGACGACCGAGAAUUAUGUUGUUGAGAUACACUGUCACUGCAAACUUACCUCGUUUUCUCUCUCGCUUCCAUCGUCGUCGUUCCCAUUAAAAUCUGCCUUGUGCCACUGCAACUCAUGCCGCCAUACGACAGGUCAGCUGUUUACCACAUGGGCAGUCAUUCCGACACCUAUAUCGACCAAAAUCUGGGAAAGCGGAAACCUAAUCAGAUAUAAUUCAUCGUCGAAAUGUGAGAGAUGGUUCUGCAAACAAUGCGGCGCCAGUGUCAUCAACAUUGAUAAAGCCGGCGAGCAUCACGAAUGGGAAGUUGCGACAGGACUGCUCCAUUUCGAGGACGAAGAUGGACUUCAGGGAAAACUAGAUCGUGUACAGCUCUGGGUUGAAGAUGUCAAGGCUGACGGAGGAGCUGUGGGCUGGAUCAAUAAAGGAGAACUGGCCGAUAUGAGCAGGUUUUGGAAUGGCCGAGAAAGUAAAGUGGUCAGCGACGAAGCAGUCACGAAGUUGAUGGAAGCAGGACGUACCAUCUUGCCGGUAUCUCGGCAGGAGCGACUCAAUGCUCGGUGUCAUUGCCACAAGGUUGCGUUCUCGUUGGCCAAGCCUGAGCAGUUGUCCAAUAGCAGCACCGCAGGAUUCGAAGCAAAUAUGGACGCCUGCACUUCGUGUCGGACUGUCACUGGCUUCGAGAUUACUGCCUGGACCACCGUGCCUAAUGCGUCUGGUUCGAAUUGAUGGCAGUAGUUUGAAUGACUUUCUUGCCGACAAGUCAAGGCUCGGCCAGUAUCAGACGUCCGUUGAUCUGAGUCGAUACUUCUGCGUGAGGUGCGGCGCAACAGUUUUCUACAAGAAGCACGGCCUUGACACAAUAGAUGUUAGUGUAGGCCUUCUCCAGACGCAACCUGAGGGGGAGGUUCGUGUGGAAGAUUGGCUGGUGUGGCGACCGUACCCUGAUUCUCUGGCUUACGCGGAGGAAGCGGUCGACAACAAAUUCGUAGGGGAUCUGAUCGAGGGUACAAGACGGGCAGGAG